AUGUUUCGGAAGGAGGAGGUUACAUGUGCUGUAAGGAGACGGUUGUUCAAUGAUCAUGCUGUUGGUGUGAGGAUUUCACAGAUUCAUAGUAGUUUAGCGCGUGAUAGGAAUGGGUUGGACAAUAUGGCUAUAACAGAAAGGGAUCUUAGGAAUAUAAUUGCGAAGGAGAGGAAAUUGAAGCUUGGGCCUGGUGAUGCUAAUGCAAUGAUGAAUUAUUUUAACAAGAUGGCGGAGGACAACCAAAAGUUCUUUCACAGUCAUCGAUUAGACGAAGAAGGGUACUUGAAGGAUGUGUUAUGGGUGGAUGCUAGGUCUCGAGUGGCCUACGAGGAAUUCUGUGAUGUGGUUGCUUUUGAUGCGACAUAUUUGACUAAUGACUAUGAACUACCGUUCGCAAACUUUGUCGGAGUGAACCACCAUGGACAGACCAUAUUGCUUGGAUGUGCGUUAGUUUCGCACGAGGAUGCAGAGACAUAUGAAUGGGUAUUUAGCACUUGGGUGUUAUGCAUGGGUGGUAGAGCACCCAUUGGUAUAUUGACUGACCAAGACGCGGCGAUGAGAAAGGCACUCCACAAUGCUAUGCCUCAAUCUGUGCACCGAUGGUGUAUAUGGCAUAUAAUGAUGAAAUUUGGGAAGAAGCUAGGUUCGUAUGCAAAUUACAAGGACUUGAAGGAAGCGUUGACACAGUCCAUCUAUGAAAGUACAAGCCCUGAUGUGUUUGACAGAACAUGGGUGGUUGCCAUAGAGAAGUAUGGUGUAGGUGAUGAUGAAUGGCUUGAAGGGUUGUUUCGUGAAAGGCACAUGUGGGUCCCCGCUUACAUGAAACAUCUAUUUUGGGCGGGUAUGAAAACAACUCAAAGGUCCGAGAGUAUUAACAGUUUUUUUGAUGGUUAUGUUCACAAAACGACAAAGUUGUGUGAGUUUGCAGAGCAGUACUGUAACGCUAUGGAAGCUAGAGCAAAUGCGGAGAAGGAAGCAGAUGCAAAUAGCGCGAGGUACCUCCGUCUUACUGUUACUACCUUCAAGACUGAACAUGUAUUUCAAAAGGUGUACACUGAUGCUAAAUUUAAAGAGAUACAAAAUGAAUGUCUGAAGGUGCUUUACCUUCAAUGGAGUGGGAAAAAAGAAAUUGGAGAUGAUGUUGUAGAGCACUUGUUCGAGGAUAGGGUGUGGGUGAUGUGCAAGGAGACGAGGAAAGAGGUGCCUUUGGAGAGGACAUGUGAGUAUGUUGUUCGUAUAGACAUGGAGAGUACGGAGGCAACUUGUGAUUGCAAGAUGUUUGAGUCUGGGGAAUAA